AUGGCGCUCACCACAGGCACCGGUAUGGCAGGCCUCGCCGCCUCGGAGGAACCCGCUACCGUCGUCCGCAUCCUAUCUUGGGUCGCGCUAGCUUGGUACAUCAUCACCUGGAGUAUCUGCCUGCUUGGUCUCAGUCUAGCGCGUCAGUUUGCACGGCCUGAAUCACCCAGAUCUCCGCUCUCUCCACCCAGGACCUCGACCCUGCUCACCAACGAAUCCGAGAAUUCACGCAGCUUCGACUCCCUCCAGCGCCGACAACAGCAAAACGACGAGGAUCAUGCCGAAUCCGUACCCGGUGUAUCCAUCCUGCGUCCGCUCAGCGGGCUCGACUGCAACCUCUACUCCAACCUCGCCUCAUCCUUCGUGCAGGACUACCCCUUUUCCCGCUUCGAGAUCAUCCUCUCCAUCCGAGACGCGUCCACACCCGAAGCUGCAAAGGUGCUCAACGUCGCACGCAUGGUCAUGGCCGCGCAUCCGCGCGUCGACGCCCGCAUCAUCGUCGGAGACCAUCUCGCCGGUGUGAAUCCAAAGAUCAACAACCUCGUCCGCUCCUACGCCGCCUCCAAGUACGACAUCAUCUGGGUCGUAGACAGCCAGGUAUGGACGCCCACCGGUGCUCUCGCACGUGCUGUAGAUCAGCUCCUGCUCGAGCCUGCCGAACGACCGCGCCCAUCGCCCAGCUGGCUGCCUCGCAAGCCUCACGGCCAGCGCGUCGGCCUCGUCCACCACGUCCCCUUUGCCGUUCUCCCGAGCACCUCGUGGGGCUCCAAGAUCGAGAGGGUUUUUCUGUCUACCACCCACGCAAAGAUGUACCUCGCUCUCAACGCUCUCACCAUCGACUCGUGCGUCAUGGGCAAAAGCAACAUGUACCGCAAAUCCGACCUGGCUUGCGUUCCCGACUCCUUCUUCAACGUCUCCCAGCAUGGCAGCCAGGGCGAAUCCAAUGCGAUCGGAAGCUUUGCCUUUUCCCACCAGUCCGAUUCAGCCACUGCAGAUGCACCGGCACCCGCAUCCACGGCGCCGCAAGAGAUGCCAAACGAACAGCUCAAGACUCUCUCGCGCCCACUCGCGCGAUUCUCCAUCUACCUGGCCGAAGACAACAUGCUUGCGCAGUCGUUGUGGAACGCACCGCUCGACCUCUCGCACACGCUGUCCGCCUCCGACUUGGCCUACACAUCGGUCGGCGACAUCCGCACGCUCGCCGACUACACGCGCCGCCGCAUGCGCUGGAUUCGCGUGCGCAAGUAUAUGGUCCUGGCACCUACCUUGCUCGAGCCCCUCACCGAAUCCCUCCUCUCGGGCAUCAUCGGCUGGUUCGCACUUUCCUCGCUCGUUCUACCCAUGCUGACCGGCUCUUCGGUAUCGCCUUCCGGAUGGUCGUGCCUGCUCUUCUUUUGCCUUCAUUUCGGCGCCUGGUUCGCCGUCGACUUUGCCGUCUUCAAGCGGCUCUCGGUGGCCCACGAAUUCUUGGCGUGCAAUCCGGGCGUGGACAGCGCCGACGCGAUGAGCGUGCUCGAAUUCGGCGCCGCCUGGGUGCUGCGCGAAUCGCUCGCGCUUCCCAUCUGGGCGUGGGCCAUCCUGGGAAGCACGGUCUCUUGGCGCAACAAAACCUACCGCAUCUUGAAGGGCGGUCGUGCCGCCUUGGUCACCUCGUCAGCCUCAGACGGCAAGCCCACUGGCCGACGCACCGGCGCUGGCGCACGUCGUCGCGAAGACCUCGAUCCGCUCUUGCAUUCCACCGACUGA